CUUCCUUUCUCCCAUUCUAGGCGGGUAUAUUGCCUGUUCCUUGCGACCUGCAUCUCACCCGCGUUCUAACUGGCCCCGAGGAACGCCUCUCUUCGUUGCUAUCGCCAUAAUGGGGCUCUUCUCCUGGGCUUCCCGGCGUUCGGGUGGUCUGGCUAUGGUAGUCACCAUUGCGCUCUCGUACUGGGUUAUCUCUCGAGAAUCUGAAGCGCAGCGGAAUGGCUAUCACUAUCAGCAGCCAGACACCCUUAGUGCGCCUAGUUCCUCGACAACAGGCGGUGGCAUCUGGACCGUCAUCUUUGCCUACUACUGUCUCUUCAUCCACGUCCUCGUCUCCAUGUUUCCCCUGCGUGCCUGUUGGGCGAUUUGGGACCUUACCAGGAAUCUCAGAAAGACUGCGCGCAGCAAACUGCUCAAGGAUUUUAGGUUUGCGCGUCGCCGCCGAGGAUCCUCGACCUCUCUAUCGAGCUCCGAAACCCUAAUUUCCUCUCGAGACGGGUGUUCCGCCUCGAGCAGCGAGGCUGGCGAUCUUGACCAAGGCACCUAUCUUGACACUGACACGGCGCGCGACCAAAUUAUCCAUGCCAUCAUCAUCCCGAACUACAAGGAGGAAAUGGACACAUUGAGAGAGACCUUGGAGGUUUUGGCGUCGCAUACUCAGGCGCGCAACACUUACGACGUCUACCUGGCUAUGGAGCAGCGUGAAAACAAUGUUGAGCUCAAAGCCAUGUCGCUCAUUUCCGAGUUCGUCAAGAAAUUCCGAUCGAUUGAUUUCACAAUUCACCCCUGCGAUAUCCCAGGCGAGUCCGCUGGCAAAGGAAGCAAUGUCGCUUGGGCGGCACGGAAGCUCAGUGGGAAAUACUCGAUGGCCAUUCGGAAGAACGUUGUGAUCACAGGCAUUGAUGCCGAUAGUCACCUUUCUUCCAAUUACUUUGCCCUAGUCACCACCAUGCACGUGACUCACCCGGACACUGCCACCACCACCAUGUAUUCGGCUCCGAUCAUCUUCGACCGGAAUGCUCACAAUGUUCCCGCCAUUGUCCGGGUGGCCGAUAUUCUGUGGUGCGCUGCCGGCCUGUCUGGCUUGUACAGCAGUUCGACUAUCGCCCCUCCAACCUCAGUCUACUCCCUUCCUCUCGAGCUGGUCGACCGCGUCGGUGGCUGGGACUGUGACCCGGAGGCUAUCGGCGAGGAUCUACACAUGUACCUCAAGUGUUUCUUCGCGCUUAAUGGUAACUUGACCGUGCGGACCGUCUUCAGCCCCAUCAGCCAAAGCAACGUCACUGGCGGCGGACAUGGCAAGGGAGCCUCUGGAAUUGUUACCGAUAUGCGCGCCCGAUACAAGCAGGCGUUGCGUCAUAUGUGGGGCGCUUUGGACACUGGCUUUGCCUUGAGGAAGACAGUGGAGCUUUGGCAGGAGAGGAAGCAUACGUCGAGGGCAUUCCGACCUCUGCACAGUUCCUUGAACGAUGCAUCUGAUGCCUACGUCCCGCAAGCGCAACUAGAUUCGCCCAACUCCGAGGGAGCCCCCGAGAGCGGUAUUUUCUCCGACGUGACCCAGGACACCCUCAAAGGUCCCAACUAUCAACGCAUCUUUUAUCUCUUCCACCGACUGUUUGAGGCCCAUUUCUUGCCCGUUCAGAUGACCAUUCUGGUCAUUUCCUCUACCCUGUACGCCUGGGUUACCGCAGAUGCGGCUGAUGAGCACGGAGUCGCAUGUAUUUUCAAGGUUUGCAACGUCCUGCGUACUCUUGGCUUUAUGGAAGUCGCUCUCUACCUCUUCAUGUACGAGAAUUUCCACAAGAUAUGCAUCGCGACCCGAGAGAAGGAGAUGAACGAUGCCGGUCUCGCAAAGGGCAUGAAUUUCUCGCACCGAGCGGUCAAGAAGAACUUCAUUGACUACAUCAUGGUCCCACUCGUGGCUCCCUUGUAUGGCGCCAUCCCAUGUGCGCAAGCACAGAUAUGUCACUUCUGGACGUUAGACCUGGUGUAUACGGUCAGCAAGAAGGUCACUCGACAACGAGCAAAGUCGAUAAGCAUCGAAGAAAUGGCAUGACAGAGUGCCUCCUCGCGGGCUUAGUUGUGCUUUU